AUGUAUCUACAUUUAGGCUCUCAAGACAAUCAUUCUCUGCUAGUAAACCUUGGCAAAUAUGGUCUACAGUGGACAUCUACAGGGCACAAGGGUCCAAUCAACUGCCUGUCCUUUACAGAAGAUGGAAGUUACCUGGCUAGUGGAAGUGAUGAUGGCCAUGUCCUUGUUUGGGCACUACAUGAUGGCAGUCUCCUCCAGUCCAUGAAGCCAAAGCAGGGUCCUGUUGUGGCUAUCAAGUGGUUUGCAGGGGGCCCUCCCCAUGCUGAACCUACCACCAAAGUGUGCUACCUCCUUUCUGCUGGUGCAAAUGGUACAGUGGUUGCAUGGCAUUUCAAUAUGACAUUGGCAUUGUUUGAGUGGGCACAUAUGAAAACUGUUUUUGACUCUGCAAUUGAUGAUGAUGCGCCUGCUCCAAGUGUACCCUCCACUGUCUCAAUCCAGACUGCUUGUGGACAAGCUGAACAAUUAUUUGAUCUAGAUGGAAAGACUGCCAUCACAGGCAGUGACAAUGGUCAAGUGGUAAUCUGGGAUAUUUCUACUGGGCAACAGAUCUUCAUGUUGUACAAGUUGUCAAUGAAGGUCAAGUAUCAUGCACUGCAGUUCACAAAGCAUUACAUUGCCAGUGGCUCCUUGGAUGGUAGUGAAGAGCAGCCACUCCUAUGGUUAUGGUCCACUGAGGUCAGUAUCACAAGUUACAGAAUAGACAUGCAGUUGCAAAGGAAACAUCUAUGA